CCUCCCCCACGCAUGACUGGAGGUGGGGGGGGGGAGGGAUCUUCCUGAGUAUAUAAGAGGGUUGAAGCCGUUUGGGCGUCACACUUCUCACACAGUCUCUUCCAUAUACUUGUCUUCCUGCCAUAAUUUGUGAUAAUGUUGAGUGUUGUGGUGGUAAUGAUGUUGUUGGUGGGUGUGUUUGGCGGCCCUGAACGGCCCGACGGGUGUAACUACUACUGCAGGAAACCCGCAGGUCCCAAUAAAGGCGAAAACUACUGCUGUGGCCCAGAAGGCCUCCCUAUUAAGAGGGAACAACAUCACCGUGGCAGCUGUGCUCCUCCAUUGAAGCAAUGCACUGGUCGCUUUGCCGCCUUCGCUAAACCACGCUUGUGUCCCCAUGAUGGCCACUGUUCCCGCGACGAAAAAUGUUGUUUUGACACGUGUCUAGACCACCACACCUGCAAACCCGCCCAGUGAAGAUUACCACAGGCUUAAAAGAUUAGUUUUAAUACAUAACUAGACUGGUACUUGACACUAUAUGCUUUAAUAUAAAUUAGUGUAAUGGUC